AUGGAGCCGGCUGCAGGUCGGACUGUAAACAGUGAGACACGGUCCCGCGGCGCGAUGUGGUGGCUGCUCGCGCUCAUCGUGCCGGUGAUCAGGCUGUAUGUGAUCGGAGUGAGAGUGUUAGUGUACCAGCUGUUUCAUAAAGCCUUCACUCUACCAGUGUUACCCAGACAGAACGGGAGGGUUGCCAUAGUGACGGGAGGAGCCAAAGGAAUGGGCUAUGAAACUUCUCGGCACCUGGCGAGCCUGGGCACGCAUGUGGUCAUCGCUGGAAAUGAGGAGGAGGAGGGUCUCAUUGCGGUGAAGAAAAUCCAAAAGGAGAGCGGACACAGGAAAGUGGAGUUCAUGUACCUGGACUUGGCCUCCUUGAAGUCUGUUCGAGAGUUUGUGGAGAGAUUUAAAGCCAGGGGUCUGCCUCUACACACUCUCAUCAAUAACGCUGGUGUUAUGCUGGUCCCAGAAAGGACAACAGAGGACGGAUUUGAGUUGCACUUUGGGCUGAACUAUCUGGGCCAUUUCUUGUUGACCAACUUGCUGCUCGACUUGCUGAGGGAUUCUGGGAAGAGUGGGAGUUGCUCCCGCAUCGUCACAGUGUCCUCAGCCACCCAUUAUGGAGGAAGACUUGAUCUAAAUGACCUGCAGGGCAGGUCGUGUUACUGUUCCCAUGGUGCGUACUCUCAGAGUAAACUGGCCCUGGUGCUUUUCACCUACCACCUUCACAAGCAGCUGUCGACCCGAGGUGAUUCAGUGACUGCAAACGCUGUUGACCCUGGCAUGGUGGACACGGACUUGUACCAGAACCUGUGCUCGCUUGCUCAUCUGCUCCAAAAACCUGUGGCCAAACUGCUCUUCAGGACCCCGGCCGAAGGAGCGUCCACGGCCGUUUACGCAGCCGCCGCGUCGGAGCUGGAAGGGCUCAGCGGCCUGUACCUGUACAACGGUGAAACGAAGAUCUCCUCUGCGAGCUCGUACGACAAGCAGCUGCAGGACAAGCUGUGGACCAAGAGCUGUGCGCUGGUGGGUCUUCAAAAAGCCUGAAGAACCUGAGGAACAUCUGAACAUGGGUCACGAUUACAGAGACAAAGGUUCCCCUCGCAGGCAUUUUCAUUUUGCACCUGGUAUACCGUGUAAUAGUGGAAGGAGUUGGUACUUCUUUCCUCAUAGCAAUCACCAGAGAUUGAUUCUUCUGUCCGGGGGGUAAUUAUUACUCCAAAAGGACAGAAGGUAUGCCAUUUCCAAAACCCGAUGUCGUGAUUCUGCACUAUGAGAACGUAUAUAAUGUUAAUGCUGAGAACCUGAAUCAAUGCAAUAACAACAAGUUCUACUGAUUUGCCAAGCUGUGGCUUUGAAAUUACUUUUAAAACAUAAUCAAUUGACUUGACCGGUGGUCAUGUACGGUUUUAAAAAAAACAACAACAACCAAACAGUUUAAAAUGGAUGACGCUUUGCCUCUCUGUUUUCAUUUCCUCCUGCUUCCAGAGGGGAAAAAAAAAAUCUCUCAGCUUGUGCCGUCUUUGGUGGAUUCCCCUGUUCCUGAGUGGUCCUUUUCUCUUUGCUAAAUCAAACAUGCUCUAACACUUAAUGAUGGAAACCAGCCGAGUGGCGAUUGAAAACAUCGCCGACGCACAGCCGGAAGGCUACCGCGGGAGAAAUGGUGAUUUGUUAAAGCUUUGUUUUUUUUGUUUUUUUUCCUCCUUUUUCUCACCCUGAAAUUCGGUGUAGUGUCUCAGCUUUCCUUAGCGCGGGUACCUCGGCUUGGCCUACUUACUCUUUGUUGUCUGUUUAUUUUUAAUGAUCAUGAUUAUUUUGUCUAUCUUUGGUGACUGUGAUGUAUUAGACAAAUGUGAUUGUAGUGUCUGAACAAUCUAUAAACAUCUUUAGUGUUUUAUUUCUUUUUUUUCCCCUUCACCGUUUAGUCCUCUUAUCAGAAACCUGGAUGAAAGGGUUUGAAUUUUAUAAAGGGUGAAAACAGUGUUCAGAUUUUUCCGAUGCUAGACGUAAACACUCAAAACGUGUCCUGAUGAAUACUUUGAAUCCAGCUAGCCAAGGUCUCAUUGUGAAUUCACAGCACUUGAUUAAUUAUUUUGAAUAAAUGAAAGACAAGUCAAGCAAGUGGAAACGAAUAGAAAAAAAAAGACUCCUAGUUUUCUAACUCCCUUGUGUAAAAUAUGACUGACUGAAAUGUUUGAACUCAGAAAACUUCACUUGUAUCCAUGUCAAAUGUUACUGUGUUAAGUGUACGUGUCUGUAUUUAUCUGUGAGUUGAACCAAACGUGUGCUCAGAAUGCUAUAACAGUAUUUCGUUGUUCACGUAAACUCUAUCCCAAAUUUCUUUUCUCGAUUUUAACCAGAGGUGGGCAAAGUACACGAAUCCUGUACGUGAGUAAAAGUGGCGAUACCGUGGGACAAAUGUUAAUCAAGUAACAGUAAAAGUUCUCUAUUUACACGUUUACUUGAGUAAAAGUACGUAAGUUCAUCGUCUUUAAAUUUACGUAUAAAAAAUACUUUCAAAUCUCUCUCUCUUUGUCUCUGCUUCUGAUUUCAAACACUUGUUACAUUAUUACGCGUCUUUAUGAAGAGAUAAGUCGUGCAAUUAUGCAAAAUACACCGUGUCGCCACAUAACGCAGCGGCAUGCAAGAAAUGUAGUAAAGUAGAAGUACAGAUUUUUGCUGUACUUCUGAGCGGAAAAAAAAGAUCCUCUGAUAAAACUAGUUUUUAUUAAAGUGAAGUACAAAUACCUUAAAAUAUUUUCUUCACUAUAGUAAGGAACUAGGUGUACUCCGUUACCUCUGGUUUUGACCAAUCAAGAGAUUUGAUCCUAACUUAUCGUACUGUAUGAUCCGUGCUGGCUAAUCAGGCUGAGCCAUUUGUCUUUCAUGGCAACUGCAAGGGUAAUUACAGCUGUAAUUGCAGCCCUAGCAUGAUUGCUUCCUUGCUCGGCUACCAGACAGUUUAAUUAGACGGCGAUAAGAAGGUAAGGAAUAAAUCCGUAACAAUAUUUAGGACUGAUCAGAAACGCCGCUCAGAAGAAGAUAAUUGCACGCACACUCUCGAAUAUUAUUAAAGGCAACCACCUCUCACUGUGAACCACGCCGUCGCGGUUUGAUCGUCAUCCUCAAUCUCUGAACACUCGUCACGAGUGGAGCUUUCUGUCGAGUGAUGUGGAAGUGUCAUCCUGUCUUAAACUAAAGGGAGGGGAGGAGAAGAAGAAGAAAAUGCAUAUCCUUUGAUUGAAAUUUUAAAAAGAAUCCUUGAAAUCAAUGUUA